AUGGUUGUCGGACCUGAUGAUUCCACAUUGUUUGAGUGCGAAAAAUUUAGUGAUAACGAUAGCGUGAAUAUGUCACACCAACUGACUCUUUAUGCCUCAAUGGACCUUCUCGACGAUGCCUUGUGGAAAACAGGCGACUUUUUUCUUCCCUCCAUCGACAAACCGCUGGAUGGAAAGUACUCCGUUUCCGCAUAUGUUGGCUUUGCGCCGAUUAAACUGCUGCUCAUGAAAGAACACGAGUCCGACAAGGAGACACGACUAUUCCUUAGCGAAGCCUACGGAUUGUGUGUGCGAUAUCUGAUGAAUCCCUUUUCAUCCCUCAAGACACCUGUCCGUGCAGUUCUUGCGGAGAACCUUAGACGUUUAUACCAACGCUUCUCCCCCUGUUAG